UACCAUUCCUCUGCUUUAUGGUAGAGCAUUAAGUUUCUACCAAAAAGAAAGAAUUGGUAGGCAUAACAUCCCAAACAGCACCAGAGAGAUGUUCAAGUUAAACAUCCCUGACGAAGAUCGUGUUGGAGAGAUGUUGGACGACAUUGAUUGUGACAUGUGGGCUUUGGUGAUUUGGAAAGCUGAUCCUUACGAAUACCAAUGCUGUUGCGUCGACUUAAAAAAAUUUUUUGAACCAGAAAUGCUUUCAAAACCAAAUUUAUACAGAGAGAUCAGAGUCACCUAUUUGUGGUGGAAAGGAUACAAAAUUGAUGAAUUUGAAGAUUAUUUUUUUGGUCGAGUUUUGGCUACAGGAGAUGACAAGGAGAUACUUCGAGCACUAGGUAAAAAAGAAUUGGAACGUAUCUCAACAUUACACAUGGACAUGAAGAACUCACCAGUUGAUGGCUAGAGAAAUAUUACAUGAUCUUCCCACAAAGAUGCUUGUAAUAUUGUCUUGUUAAAAUACAUUUUUAAAUGUG